AUAAUAAUUCUGUUAUCCACCAUUACCAUCCGAUUGCUAAUCGUAUCAAAAUGAAGUUGACAUCUCUCUCAGGUUUAGCGUCCUUACUUAAAAUUUAAGUGAAAAUGAGGUACUACCCGGGUAACCUGACAGACAUGUACGAAGACCACAUAGGCCUAGAAGGAUUCCUCGCAGGAAAUCUCACGGAAGGAAGGGCACUUCAUGGAAAAUUUAUGCCAGACUUCGAGAUACACAAUACUGCAACCACGGCCGACGAAAUGACAUCGACUAGGCCUAUUCGCACGACUACAGAAGGAGGUCAAAACUGGAUUGUGGUCGGCGAGAGUACCGUGACGACCAUUAUGGAAUGCCAGAGGUCACCUGGAUGGUGGAAGUUGGCAGGUGGGGUCAUCGGAGCCGUUGGGUUUGUGGGCGUUUUCGUGAGCUGCAUGGCCAUCGUUCUUACCCGGCGUGCGCAGAAGAUGAAGACAAUAGUUAACUCUGCGCUUGUGUGGCAGGCAUUCGUAGCCGCAGUGUCUCUCGCUGUUUCCAGCACCCUGGACACGAUCCUCAUGAGUUUCGACUGCACCUACUUCAGCAACGCCGUCAGGCUGUCACUGUGUAGGGCGUCUUUCAUUGUCUACCUGUUCUCCAUGUGCCACUACUUCUACGCAUCGGUUAUUGUGGCCAUGUACCGCGUCGUCUGUACAUCCUGGUCAUCCGUCCUCUUGGGCGUGAGCGACGAUGCCCAGAAGGUCAUGGCGAUAGUGCCCUCCGUCGUUUGCGCAGUCUUGACGUCUAUCUGCGCCCUUUACAAGGCCUACAAGAAGCAUCCUUUCAUCCUGAACUGUGCCUACGGAACGGAGCCACCUGUCAAGGCGCCUCCCUUCUUUAAGCUAUGCCUGAUCGUCAUUCCUGUCGCCAGCGAAGCCGGGACCAUGUUGCUCUACGCCUACAUCGUCUACGUGUCCUCAAACGAAAAACCCAAGAACGGCCUGGAUGCCAAGGGAAACCAUAAACGCCGGCGUAACUUCAACUUAGUCACGGCCAGAGCUGGCUUGAUCCAGUCUCUGAUCAUGGCCGUGUUCUGCGUCCACCCGGCCGUGGUGUCGGCCAUGCAGACGCACAUGGUCAGAGUCGACGUCUCUGUCGUCAUCAUUCGCGUCUCGACUCACGUGACCCAGGGCAUCGUGGGACCCGUUCUGAUGUUCUUCUUGUCGUCGGAGCUCAGGAAAUGCGCCUCGGAGCUGUGUCCCUUCAAGGGGUUGUUCAGCCAGGGAAGAGCGAUGAAGUCUCUGUUCUCCAGAGACUUCUUCCAUCGCUACAGCAGAGACGGGGUGAACAACAAUCAGGUUUCCCCUGUGACUUCUGGACAGGAUUUUUGAUGAGAUAAGGAGCCAUUGUUCUUGAAAAAGAAAAAAAAACCUAAUCUCUGAUUAGAGUAGCAUUUCCUCUAUCUUAGGCCUACGCGCAUGCUCUAAUCACCUAAGAUCUAAGUCAUGUAGCGUUACUGAGUAUAUGAUGAUUAAUAUGAUAUUAAUUUCAUAAGGCAAUUUAGGGCCGCAAAGCAAAUUAAGUGUAAUUAGAACACCUAAAAUAUAUUACUGCAGAAUAAAUAGGCGAUUACGACUAGAACUUUUAAAAAUAUAUUGACUUUAAGUGGAGUUAGCUGUUUGUGGUAAGGUAUUCUUGAAUGGAAAUCAUAUAAAAUAUUAAUAAUUAUUAUAAUAAUUCAGCCAUCAGUAACUUGUGACAGAUAUUUAUCAGAACAUUCAUACCAAUAUUAAAAUUUAUAGAUUUAUUGGUAAUUAAAAAAAAGGGCUUAGUUAUGUUGUAAAAUUCAGUGCAAUAAAGGGAAUCCAUUGAACAAUCUCCUUCUGAAUGUCAUUCCAAGAUGCUUAGAAUUCGUUUAUUAAGAAAAUCAUAUUAAGAAUAUUAAAAAUUGCUUAAAAUACUAUACAUUGAAUAAUGAUGACGUCAUAUGGUUCACUCGACAGUUAAUUUAAAAAAUGGAGUGAUUUGCUUUCUCAUUUUCAUUCUGACACAAGAAGGAAGGAAAAUGACACUCGAAUUUUUUAAAGUGACACAGCAGAAGGAAGAAAAACUAAAGUUGAUAGAUACACUCAUGUUAAGUGUGUCAAUGUCUUUUUAAAUGGAUUGUGUUAUUUAUAGUCUUACAAACAUGUACUGAAAUUUUUUGGUUAUGUUAUAUCUUAUCUAUUAAUUUAUGACUAUAUGUCUAUAUAUAUGUGUGUGCUUUUUAAUGUACUGACAAAUAAUGAUUAUUAAUUUUAAUACAUAUUAUUAUACGUACCAUAUAUGUUGGUUUUAGUGAACAGAUUAUUUUACAAAACUCACCAUAAGCAAUGAUACUGUAGACAACUAGACUUAUGGGUAAUUUUCACUUAAAAAAUUAUUUGUAGAUACAACAAAGAAAUUAUAUUCAUGAUCAUAAGUUCUUAAUGUACAUCUGUGUGUACACACCUGAGUGUAUUCUGUGUAUUGUGUAGAAACAGUGUCGAUGUAUAGCUGUUUGUAGAUGACAUGAACACUUGUCAAUUAUAGCAAGACUGCCUUCAUUGUUUCUCAUGUUCUAGUUUUUUUUAUUUGGAAGCGGCCCCGACUGGGGAUCAAGCUGAGAGGAUUUUUCUCUUUUUGAAAGACCUCACACGAACAUUUCUGGUUUUAAAUUGGAGUUAUUAUACUCUUCAUGAUAUUGAUUAUUUCAUUAACUAUUACUUAGAAUAUAAUAAUCGAAUAUUCCUUAAUUCCUAUCUAAAAUUGUCUUUAUAACAUAAGCUCGUGUUUUAAAUAUUUUUAAGUGUGUUAGUAACAGCUGUAAGUUAUUGUCAUGAAACAGAUGUACUAUACUUAAUAAAUGGUGAUUGUCAGUAACAUGUGAGGGUUUCUCUCUCUCUCUCUCUCUCUCUCUCUCUCUC